GGAAGCCAGUGGAGGGAUUGGCAGAGGGGGGUGGAGGACACUGAAUGGAGGCCAGUGGAGGGAUUGGCAGAGGGGGGUGGAGGACACUGAAUGGAGGCCCAGUGGAGGGAUUGGCAGAGGGGGGUGGAGGACACUGAGUGGAGGCCAGUGGAGGGAUUGGCAGAGGGGGGUGGAGGACACUGAAUGGAGGCCAGUGGAGGGAUUGGCAGAGGGGGGUGGAGGACACUGAAUGGAGGCCAGUGGAGGGAUUGGCAGAGAGGGGUGGAGGACACUGAAUGGAGGCCCAGUGGAGGGAUUGGCAGAGGGGGGUGGAGGACACUGAGUGGAGGCCAGUGGAGGGAUUGGCAGAGAGGGGUGGAGGACACUGAAUGGAGGUCAGUGGAGGGAUUGGCAGAGGGGGUGGAGGGACACUGAAUGGAGGGCCAGUGGAGGGAUUGGCAGAGAGGGGUGGAGGACACUGAGUGGAAGCCAGUGGAGGGAUUGGCAGAGAGGGGUGGAGGACACUGAAUGGAGGCCAG